ACCACACCCUUUAGGAUUUUCCCUCUUAAAAAACAAGAUAGGGCAUGUAAUUUGGCAGGGACAGUAGGGGGUGGCCGUUCGUAUUAUCUUGAGGGUUAAUGGAUUAAAUUUUUAAACAAGGGCCUGCGGAUCACUUCCCGGCCUGUAAAUUUACGACUCUCUCUGUCUUUUUUUCUUUAUCAGAUGCACAACCCCCAUUUCUGAAGCCACCCUCCUCUCUCUCUCAAUCUCCCGAUGGUCCUUGAAUGGAUCAUAUCGAAGUUUAUAGUAAUGGAAAGUCUGAGACUCAAAAUUUGACAUUGAUCAGGAAAUCAUUAUCAUUUCAGAGCACUUAGAGAAAAAUACGUAUAUAUAUAGCCCUCAUGGAGGAUGGAACUUCGAUCAGGAGGAGACUUAAUACGCAGAAAGAGGUCCUAAAGUGGCUUGAAGAUUUCUCUGAAAAGCUCCAAAAGAGGGCACAUGAUGCCUCGUGUGAAGUACAUAGGCUAUUGGAGCAGGCCACAGUUGCGGAGCAAGAACUGAAGGCAGCCUUUAAUUCUUUUCGAAGUCUGUCAAAUGUGCAAUUUAUUGAGAAUACGAUGCAAGAAGAAGAUGAGAUAACUUCCCAUAGAUCAAAAGCCCCUCAAUCUUCAACUGAAGCCAGCAUUCGUGCUCAGAGUUAUGAAGCAGACAUAAUGCCAAGAUAUAAAGAGGCUCUGUCCCUUGGCUUGAGUUCCUACAAGCAGCAUUUGCAGAGCCGAAAAUCUUCAGCAGCCUCUGUUUAUAAAUUUGGGUCAGCACGUGGUGAACUUCCACAUAUAAUUGGCAGUGAGGAAUUUAUGCAUGACAACACUUGUGGGCUAACGGAGGAUUUGAUAUUGGAGACCACCACACUUGGUUUCAGCCAUAAAUCAAGUCCAGAGCAAUUACGUUUGGGUGCUGGGGCUGGUGUUCAAGCCAUGCUCAAUCCUGGCUUUUUCGGAAUUGAUCAAGAUGCAACUGACAAGGAUGUCUCUGAACCCUUGGUCUCUGCUCCGUUAGAUUUCAAAGCAAUGCUUGAGGCGGCAUUAAUCAGUCCUUAUAGAAUAUAUGAUGAGGACAGUUCAUCACAGCCCAGUGUUGGUGGUGACCAUUAUUAUAACCCUGAGCUGAUGCAUGAGAAGGGACAUGGUUCAUCUGCUCCACCUAGUACCACCACUGUUGAUCAUCAACGCUUGACUGGUUUUCCAGAUACAAAUGCAUCUAUUGCCCAGAGCAAUCUGGCUUUCCUACAAGAUUCAAACUUUGGUCAGCACAGUCUUCCUCAUGUAUUAGUCUCAGGGAGCCUUUUUGAUUCAGACGAAGAGAGUAUUUCAACAAGUCAGAUGCAUGCUGGUCAGUCCUGUGGAGAUGAACAUGUUGAUGUUGAGAAUCUGGGUCGAAAUCAGAUCACUGCAACAUUAACUGGUACUGCUUUGUCCCUUGGAGAUGCUCAUGGGAUUCGUUCCAUCAGAGAUGGUGGUGAACAGAAUCCUAUUGGUGAAUCUUUUCUAGAUGAGUCUCCUUUUGGAAAGCAAGAGGCUUUAGGAAACUUUCUGUCAGAGAGACGAGAUGAAAAUACUGAAGCUGUAACAUCGCCUGCCACUGGUUUGUCAAUUCAGGAAGGUUAUGAAGUUCAUGACUUGAUUAAAAGCAGUAAUGAUGGGAAUUCAGUUGCUGACACUCAUAUAGCUGUGACUGAUAGUGAAGUUUUAUGUGUUCCAUCGAAAGUUAAUAAUUCCUUUGGACAAGUUUCUGGAUCUGAUGAUUCCCAUUUGGUUACUAAUGAGGUAGAAGUGCGUGGUACUAGGCCUUGUAAUUCUGACCAACUGACAGAACAAAUUUCUGAGAGAGAAAGGCUUUCUCGAGAGUUUGUUUUUCAGGACAUACAGAAACUAAAUGAUCAGUUUGUGCUUCCUGAUGAUGCCCAACGAGAUGUGGCUUAUGAUUUAUCUGACAAACAGGUUAAUCCAGAUCGGCUUAUGGGGGGACGCUUGUCUCUUUCUCAGAAGGGCCUGUGUGACAAUACUGAUGAUGAUGAUGAUGAUGAUGGUCCAAAUGAUAAUCUUCUUUCUAAAGAUAAUUCUUCCUUUCAAUGGGAAUCAUUGACUCAAAUUGGAACUAAGGUUUCAGUUGCAGAGAUACUUCAUAUCUCUACCAGUGAUAAAAUUAGUUCCUCUACCUCAAAUUCUGGUGAGAAAAUUCUAUCGAACUUUGCAGCAAGCAAUGAAUUGAGUGAACCUACUGGUGGAUCAGUGGGUGAACUUGAGACUCGUGAAGUUGAUACUCUAUCUGCUUCUCAUACCAGUAGUUACUCUGAAAUAUCUUCUACAGGGCAUCCAAAAAAGUUAUCCUUCUUGUGUUCAAGUGUCAACAAAUCCCAAACAAACUCUAGGUUAAAUGACUUGCCUCAGAGAGUGGAAACCACAUUCUCUACAGUGGUAUCUGUCUCUCAAGAACCAGUAUCUCUGUUUUCUCCAACACCUUUGGGUGGGAACCAUGGUUUGGAUUGCCAGACAAUUUCAUGCAGUGAUGAGACGUGCAUUCACUCUAGUGGUAACGAGUCAUUUGUAAAUGAAAAUUACAAUAGAGGACCAUCUGAGAUGGAGCCUGAAGCCAGAACUUUAGUGAAUCAGUCACUGGAUGUUGUUCUGCCAUAUUCCAUUAGCGAAGGAUCGCAAGAGGUAUCUGAGAAAAGCGGCACAUGUUCCUCUGAGAAAAGGGAACUUGGUAUGUUGAAUGAUUCUAAAAAGAUGGGGAACAUGCUUGAUCAAACAAGAUUUCAUGUAUUCCAGCAUGGAGAUCGAGGAAGUAAUACAAGUGAAAGAAGCCCAUCAAGAGAAAACAGUAUAGGAGAUCAGAUGGCCAAAUUGCUGCCCCAUGAGAGUACAAAUUCAGUGAUUGCAUCUCUUUUAAAACUCCCACUGAGACGCCCUUCACUCUUUGAUAGUGAUGAGGAAUAAGUGACCAAUGUUCAUUGUUUACAAAUUCCUGUCAUGUUCACCAUCAUCAUAGUCAUCAGCAUUAUGGUUAUCUUUAUUAUUUGUUAAUAUUACUGCUUGUACUUAUUUAAAGGGCAUCAUCAUCAUCUCGAUUUUUUUUUU